AUCAAUAAUUGUAAACAUCCUCAUGUCUUAAUGUGUUAUUUGUCAUUAGUGUUAACUUAUCUCAAAUGGUCCUGAGACCAUAAUGUGUUUAUUAUUCUCAUGUUUAUCCUAAUAUCCUAAUGAGACUUGUCUCCCUUAUAAGCAGUACUACGUCCCGAAUUAAAUCAGUCUAGUUUGAACCGUCAAACUGUGUUUUACUCCACCCCACAUAACAAUUUUGGCGCAGUCGGUAGGAUACAUUAACCGCGUCACACCGCCGUUAAGCAGACGAGCUCAACGCCUGGGCUAAGGACAAAAUCGCCACCAGCCUAGACGGUGCCUACAGGGCUUCAAACAGCUCGCCGAACAACGCUCCGUGAUGCAAAUUUGGAUCCCGUUACUGUGGUAAGUGGCCAAACACGUUUGCUCUGUUCCCACAUCCUAUAUCUCCAGGCUACUAUAUAUAUCUUAAAUCCGAAAUCUCUUUAUCUUGUGACAUAUAUAUUUAAUCAAAAAUGUCCCCAAUCACUGAAACUAUGGCCGCGCAAGCAGCAAUUAAAGAUACAAUCAAACUAGAGACAACAUCACCCACUACAUCAAAUGAGGCCAAUUCGGAAACAAUACCUUUAAACACACUCCUCCGGUUAAUACCGGAUUUCGACACAGCACAACCCGCGCAAGUUUAUAGGUUCGUUCGCUCAUGCGACUCCGCUUUUGAAUUGGCAAACGCAUCUCAACAACCAGUGAUCCUCACAUAUACGUUAAAUAGAAUUUCUGGGCAGAAUUCGUCAGAUAUAUUUGCAAAAAGGUACCAAAGUUGGUCAGAGCUGAAAACAUUCCUAAUUCAAAAAUUCUCACAAACGAAAACGUUGACACAUCUUAACUUAGAGCUUCAAUCAUUAUUCCAAAAACCGAAUGAAUCGGUCACCGAUUACUUUCAUAGAGUUGACUUAUGCCGUAAUAAAAUCCUCGACAAAUUAACCGCCGAAGUUUCUGACGCAUCAUUGAUCGGCCGGAAGACCAGCACUGAGGAAACCGCCUUAAGCAUAUUUGUAAAUGGUGUGAGCUCUAAUCUGGGUUCGAUGCUGAGGACAAAAGGUUUCACCACCUUGUCCGAGGCUGGUACAUUCGCGAUUCAAGAAGAAAAGAUUCAAAACAUGAAUCACGCACGUCAGGUCCUAUUUAGAACCCCAGCUUAUAGUAGCACCAUUCGUAGGCCAACGCCACCGAUUAAUCAGACUCAAUCUUCACUUUCAACCGCACAACCAAACACAUUUAGGCCAACAAAAACGUGUAAUUAUUGCAAAAAACCCGGUCACCUGAUUUCUGAAUGCAGAAAGAGAGCUUACAAUAAUAAUAUAAAAAAUCAUAAUAUAGAACGCCCUACUAAUGCCCCUCUUCGCAUCAAUAAUUUAAACUUACAAGCGGCCGAGGAAACGGGCUUUCACUCGGGAACCGCUUCGAUAUAUUGCCCGAAUACCCCGAUGACUUCAUCAAGACAAAACACAGCCCCGGAACUUUACGAAACCAUGCAGAACCUACAACUACAAUAGAUAAAAAUACAUCUAGAUCUUCAAAAUUUCAGCAAUCUCCAAAUACUUUAAAUGCCGAAGUUAUGCGACCGCAAACAAACCCAGUCUAUCGGAGACACCUGCGCGACGCAUCCACACAAACUCCAGAACAAUCUAAUAUCACAGAAAAUCCAUUUCCUAGAUCCACUAAAUCGCUAAAUCAAGAUCCAAAAUCUAUGACAAUACAAAGUAAAGUCUCAGAGCCUCCUAAACCUAUUGCAUCGUCAAAUCAAGCUUCAGAGUCUCCCAGAUCUAUAACGUUACAAAAUCAAGUACUAGAGCUUCAUAAAUCCAUCGACUUCCUGCUAACUCAAUUCAUCAAUGUAACUGAAUCUCUUUCGAAAUCUUUAUUACAACAAACUUCAAAUGCAAACGAUACCCCAGAAAUAAGCGCGACAGCCUCUUUUAACCCUAAUAAUACGAACUCCGAGAAUAAUUCUAAGGAAACAUCCCAAAUCAUUGCUAACUCUAAAUCAAUGGACAAUCUAUCGAAUUUAAACCAAAUCACGAAUACCCCAUUCAAAAGUGAAAAAUCGUCUAAAUCAAAACAUCGUUCAAAAUCACAGCGGAAAUCAAAAUCUAAGCAAAAGCCUAAAAUUCCCCAGGAAGAAUAUACUAUAAACACGUUAAACAUACCCCCAGAAGAUCUUAAACAUUGUGUAUUCCAUGUUGACGGUGAACCCAUAACCUUGUUAAUAGAUACUGGAGCAGCCAUCUCAGUCAUAAAUAAAGAUAAAAUCGGCAACAAUAAAAUCGAUACGUCUAGAAUCGCCUCAAUCAUAGGUGUAUCUAACACAAACUCCACCGUCCAAACUUACGGCAUCUGUAACUUAUCCCUAGAUCAAUUGCCCAAGUUCACAUUCCACGUAGCUAACCUUAAUAUUCACGCUGAUGGCAUAUUGGGUAAUGACUUCAUGUCCAAAUUCAAUGUCGAUAUCUCAUAUGAAUCUAAAACCCUGCGAAUACGCGACAGAACAUACAAAUUUCUUACUCUAAACGAUUCUACAAAUCCUCCUAUCGACAACAAUAAACAAACCCUCAGACAAAG